UCUUUCUCUUGGUCUGUCUUUGCCAGUAUCUCUCACUCUCUCUGUGUCUGUCUCUCUGACUUUGUCUUUCGGUCUCUUUCUCUCACUUUCUCUCGGUCUGUCUCUCUCUCUCUGUCUGUCUGUCUUUCUGUCUGUCUCAGUGUACGGUCAGUACUGGUCGUGUGUUCUGGGGAGGUUCACUGGCGUAGCGUAACUAGCGCGAGUUUAAACUCGAUCGUGUUUUGUUGGUCAGAAGUGUAAAAUAUUGAAGUGCUACUGAAGUACUCGCCUGGAUUCAUCUAACUGAAAGAACAGAGUCCAGUAGCUUCAUCAUCAUCAUCGUCCUAUACGAGUACACCGAGAUGAAGGUUUUAUUCAUUUGGAUAGUGUUUUGAUAUCCAGGCACGCCUCCAUCUCCAUCCAAUGAAACCUGGUCUAGAACAGUAUAUGUCCUGCCCCCAGGGGGCGUGUCUUGUGUUACAGGUGCAGCUUGUUAAGUCACGUUUGAGGGAGGGGGGAAAAAGAGAACUCGUUGGAGUUUCUUCAUCUUGAAGAUGGAGGAAUGUGCGUGAGGUCACGGUCCCGUGACGCGUUUCUCCCGAACGGUCUCUUCCUCCUGACUGAGAACCUGGUUCCUUCUUGUGCGCCGUCUGCGCUGGUUAAUAACUACGAGGUUCUUCGUGUUUAGCCGGCUCACUGUGCGACUGUCGGGUUUGUUUUAGAUUCGCCGGGCGUGUGGUGUACCUCGAGUCCUGUUGGGUUAAAUGGCUCAAGAGCUUCGACGCGGUGUCACUCGGACUUCCUGUUUCAGGAGGAAGCGCGUGAAUGUGCAAAUCACAGAAGGGGAAAGGACGUGGGCUGCAAGAGAAUGGUUGCUUUCGCAUCACGCAAUGAUAUCUGUGGCUAUAUUUGAGCCAAUAAAAAAAAAACAUGUGGGCGGGGCUUAGGUGUCUUAAAAUGGAGUGCUCGCAACAGACUCUCACCUCGCUGCUGGUUCGACGUACAUCAGAGUUUUUAUGGUAAACUUCCGUCUUCUCUCUCUCUCUCUCUCUCUCUCUCUCUCUCUCUCUCGACCUAGCUAGGAUCUUCUUGUUCGCGGCGUUUGCAGCUGUGCUACCGUGCUAGUUUGCUAGUUUGGUGUAGAAGCCAUGUUGGGUGGGGGGGUCUGGAGAGAUGACUCGUACGCAGAGGAAUCGGUUGUUUUUCUCUGAAACGUUACUGCAGUCUGCAAUUAUAUCCAAAACCCUACCAUUCACAUUUAGUGUGUGUGUGUGUGUGUGUGUGUGUGUGUGUGUGUGUGUGUUUAGAAUGAAAAGGGUUUAGGCUGACUGUUUAACCCAAAAUCGACAAAAAUAAAAUCAACCUUCAGCGCCAGGACUAUGAAAAACACAGACCUGGCAACCCUUGUUUUACAGUAUUAUACUCAACUCCCAUUACAUUACUGACUGGGGAUCACACUGUGUGUGUGUGUGUGUGUGUGUGUGUGCGCGCGCGUGCACGUGGAUCAGGGACUCGGAUCAGCUUUAUUCAGCAAACCCAGCUGUGGCCUUGUCACUAUUUUUUUACGUGUGUGUGUGGUGAGAGAGAGUUUUGCUGUAGGGUGCUUUUGUCCUCUCACUGUGUCUCCUAACAUUCCCUCUACUGCUGCUGCCUACAGUGUGUGUGUGUGUGUGUGUGUGGUGGGGGGGCAUAGUAGGCUAGGUAGGCUAUAUUUAGAGAGCUCAAUCUGCUGGAUCUAUCUGUUUCAUGCUCACGAGGCUAAAUUAACACUAACACACACACACACACACACACACACACACACACGUCAGUUUGGUAUCUGUAACUGUCCAUUAUGGUGCAUGAGUCUUGGUUGAAACACGUAAGGCAUUUGUAAUAAUAUAUUGUGCGUGUGUGCGCGUAGAAAAAGUAAAACUACCCGAGGUGGGUCAUUUAAAACGAAGACGACGGACGAUCCCUGUUCGAUGUUCAGAUGGUUAAAGCUGUGAGAAUUCUGUUGCUAGGUAACCGGUCAAUCCCUCUAGACCACAAGCUAGCUAAGGGUGGUUAACUAGCUAGUCUUGUCCUAGCGAGGGCGGAGCCUCUGUCGAAACGCCACGGAAAUGUCUGAAAUCUCAACGUUUCACUCGGACGUGUCGACGCGUUCUUGAGAAAAGGCUCCGUUCUGAAUAAUAUUCCACCGCCAUCGUGCUUGGCGUGGGGGGAGGGACUAUAAGGAAUGUGGGAUUUUAUUGCGGAGUACUGAUACAGGAUUAGCAGGAACGUGUCCCGUCACGUAAGAAACGAACGCUUCUCUUCACCUGCGCUUCUGUCAAAUAUUUUCUGAUGUUGGUGCUUUUGUAUUUCCUGUGAGAAGAUAGCACUCUGAUGUCAGGUUGACCUCGAGGGGGUGUCCCCAGGGUCCUAUGUUCCCCGGAUUUAUACGGUAUGCGACGAACACGUGGUGAUUUUUUUUUUUUUUUUUUUUUUUUAAAGCCGGGGGGCAUUCGACUUCGGCGUGAGCGAGAGCCAGGACGUGUUCGUACUCGGCUUAACGUCUUGUUCCUUUUCCCGUUGUAAAUUCUAUUCUGCAGGACGGCGUUCCGUCAGUUUAGCAUACACGGCGUUGAACCGUACGGACGUAGACUGAGCUAUUUUUAGACCAGCACGGACGUGGGCUGUAUGUGCAACCUAGUUCGUUUGGAACGUCUCCGUAAAAUUUCGAGUCUGGACGAGGGAUGGAAAGGAAACGAAUCCGGAGUCCUACGUAAAAUCUUUUGGAUCUUUUAAGUUUACUUGACGUGUAUUAACAGAAUAUUGACGUGGCGAACGCGGGACCCUGGGAACGUAGGAAUGACCCUGCCGUUGUUAUCGAUUCCGCUAGAGCAUUUACAGAGGACUUUUAAUAGAAGGUGUUUUCUGUGGUAAGCGGUAGCGUCGUAUCGAUGACCAAUCCGGUGUAGACGUUGGACUCCGGCUACCCAAGUGCAGUUGUGUUGAAGUCGGGGGCGUGGCCAGCGCUCAGCUAGUCUGCGAUCUACGAGACAACUCGAGCUCGAUAGCUUUCGAAUCUUUGUCGGAAUGUGCCGAGCUCGAAAGAUUUUUUUAUUUUUUAUUUCUACCCGAUGUUAACACCGACUAGACCCAAACCCAGCCAAGGCUCCCUAUCUAGGCGUCCUCCUGCUGAAUAUAGACGUGCGAAACUGCCACGUCUCGGCUGACCGGCUGUCGCGUAACCGUUUUAGCAUAAUUGCCAUGACCGUAAAAUAUGUCAUACCUCUCUCGUCACUUCUUUGCCCUCGUACGCCGUUAAGGAACAGAAAAUGGAUGUCUCUCUUGCACACCUCGCGUUAUUCCUCUGAAAACACAUUUAUCAUGUAAUGGGUCUUUUAUUCCUCCAUCAUUACUCUGGCAGGAGGGAGGGAGAGAGAGAGGGAGGGAGUGUGUGUGUGUGAGUGAGAGGGAGGGAAGGAAGGAGAGUUAGAGAGAGAGGAAUGUUGACUGACGUCUCUCUCGCUCUCUCUCUCUCACACACACACACACACACACACACACACACACUUUUUACACUCAGCUCUAGCAUCAUGGACAAAGGUGUUUAAUCUCGCAGUGAUGAAAGGAAACACAGGGAUUUAAUUUUCACCUCACACUAGUGACUCUGACAUCAGAAGGAAAUGGAAGCAGUGCAGAUCCGGGGGAGAAAUAAAAACCCCGAUGCUUCAUUUGAAAUAUUUCUACGAGGUCCGUGUAAUCCUCGGCAGAUUGCCGUGGUGUAAGAGGAGUAAAACAAUCCAGGAGGUCCUGUCACAGGAGAAUAAUCCCCUCACAGUCACUUAAUCCACCCUGAGAUCCCUGGUGGAGGAUGAUGAUGCUCAUAUGAAGGUGUCUCUUGGCUGUGGUGAGAUGGGGCUCUCUUCCCACCUGCAGGCAUCCAAGACGGGCAACACCCGCUUCUUCACCAGUAACACGCACAGCUCCGUCGUCCUACAGGGUUUCGACCAGUUGAGGAUAGAGGGGCUGCUGUGCGACGUCACGCUGGUGGCCGGCGACGGCGACGAAGCGUUUCCUGUCCACCGAGCCAUGAUGGCGUCAUCCAGCGACUAUUUCAAAGCCAUGUUCACAGGUGGGAUGAAGGAGCAGGACCUGAUGUGCAUCAAGCUGCACGGCGUGAACCGCGUCGGCCUGAAGAAGAUCAUCGACUUCAUCUACACCGCCAAGCUCUCGCUCAACAUGGAGAACCUGCAGGACACCCUGGAGGCGGCCAGCUUCCUGCAGAUCCUCCCGGUGCUCGACUUCUGCAAAGUGUUCCUCAUCUCCGGGGUGUCUCUGGAGAACUGCGUGGAGGUGGGGCGCAUCGCUAGCGCGUACAACCUUGCCGAGGUGGACAAAUACGUGAACAACUUCAUCCUGAAGAACUUCCCGGCGCUGCUGGGGACGGGCGAGUUCGUGAAACUGCCCGUGGAGAGACUAGCCUUCGCUCUGUCUUCCAACGGUCUGCGGCGCUGCAGUGAGCUGGAGCUGUUUAAAGCGGCGUGCCGCUGGCUGCGGGCGGAGGACGGGCGCAUGGAGCACGCGGCCCGCCUCAUGCGCAACGUCCGCUUCCCGCUGAUGAGCCCGAGCGAGCUCAUCAACCACGUGCAGACGGUGGACUUCAUGCGCACGGACAAUGCCUGCGUCAACCUGCUGCUGGAGGCCAGCAACUACCAGAUGAUGCCCUACAUGCAGCCGGUGAUGCAGUCCGAGCGCACGGCCAUCCGCUCCGACAGUGCGCACUUAGUGACUCUGGGUGGCGUCCUGCGCCAGCAGCUGGUCGUCAGUAAGGAGCUGCGUCUGUUCGACGAGAAGGCGCACGAGUGGCGAGCGUUGGCGCCGAUGGACGCGCCUCGCUACCAGCACGGCAUCGCGGUCAUCGGCAACUUCCUGUACGUCGUCGGCGGGCAGAGCAACUACGACACCAAGGGGAAGACCGCGGUGGAUACGGCGUUCCGCUACGACCCGCGCUACAACCGCUGGAUGCAGGUGGCCUGCCUCAACGAGAAGCGGACCUUCUUCCAUCUGAGCGCACUCAAGGGCCACCUGUACGCCGUCGGAGGCAGGAACGCCGCGGGAGAGCUCGCAACGGUGGAGUGUUAUAACCCCAGGACGAACGAGUGGACGUACGUGGCCAAGAUGAGCGAGCCUCACUACGGUCACGCAGGAACGGUCUACGGAGGUUACAUGUACAUUUCAGGCGGCAUUACGCACGACACCUUCCAGAAGGAGCUGAUGUGCUUCGACCCGGAAGUGGACCGGUGGUCACAGAAGGCUCCCAUGACGACGGUGCGCGGUCUGCACUGCAUGUGCACGGUGGGCGACCGGCUCUACGUGAUCGGCGGCAACCAUUUCCGCGGCACCAGUGACUACGACGACGUCCUGAGCUGCGAGUACUACAGCCCGGCGCUGGACGUGUGGACGAGCAUCGCGGCCAUGCUGCGCGGCCAGAGCGACGUGGGCGUGGCCGUGUUCGACAACAAGAUUUACGUAGUGGGCGGCUACUCGUGGAACAACCGCUGCAUGGUGGAGAUCGUGCAGAAGUACGACCCGGACAAGGAUGAGUGGCAUAAAGUGUUCGACCUGCCCGAGUCGCUGGGGGGGAUCCGGGCGUGCACGCUUACAGUGUACCCUCCGGACGAGCUGGCGCUGGCGGGGUCGCCCAACCGGGAGUCACCCCUGUCCGCCCCUUGAAAACGGAGGGGGGGAGAGAUGGAAAGAGAGGGAGAAAGACGCUGAAGCACAGACACGUGGACUGCUCGAGGGACUUUUUCUCGGUUCGCAUCUCUCCCUCCGUGGGUUCUCUUUCUUUUUCUCUUCCUCUCUCUCUCUCACACGUUCUCUGUCUCCAGGAAAAGAAAAAAAAGACAAUGUUUGCACUUCGUCCCCGCCCCCAAUUUUUCUCUGAGAAGUGUCUGUGGUGAAGCCCCGCCCUCCGUCCCCCCCUCAACCCCUCCCUCAUUUCUGCAAUCUAUGCUGAAGAGCCCUCAUUCCUUUAUCUCUUUAUCCUUCACCCCCACCCCUUCUUAUUUUUGAGAUGGGAAUCAAAAAUUGGGACACCACCUCGGUUGGGCAACCUAAUUACAUCUUGAUGUUAUUUUUUUUCGGUUAUUAUUAUUAUUAUUAUUAUUAUUAUUAUUAUUAUUAUUAUUAUUAUUAUUAUUUGUUUUUACUCCUCACCUUAUUUGGCAGGAAUAAUCUUGACUUGAAGAAAAAAAAAAAAAGUGACUUUGCAAUUCAACUUUUCUACCUGACACGUCUGGAGUUUUCAGUAUGCUGGUAUCGUCGUCCUCUCCACUACAGCAGUCCUACACUACAGCACACAUCACCCCCUCCGCCCUUUCCACUACCUCUCUUUCUUUCAUUCUUUUUUCCCCUCUCAUUGUCCUUCUUUCCUACUGAUUAUUUCUCUUUAUCACUCAUUCCUCAUCUUAACCUCUCUCUCUCUCUCUCCCCUCCCCUCCCCCCCUCCACUUUUCCACUCCUUUUUUUUAAUUGUGAAUUUUUUUUAUUAUUAUUUAUUUUUUUCUUCCCUCUGCAUCACGUGUAAGCUGCCGGGGGGGGUUAGUUGACCUUUGACUUCAGGAAGUAGAAACGUGGAAACGGAUUUCAACUCAGGGGCUGGCCUGUCCUCCCCCCCCAACCUCCCCACACUCUCCCCAAAAUCCCAUAUCCCCCUAAAAUGACAUUUCAUUACUUUGUUCCUGCUGUUAUGAACCAUUUGAGAAAAAUGGUGUUUUCUAAAAUUUAAUAAAACCAGAUUUUGAGCAAAGUACGUCGACACGAUAAUCAGGUCUGUUGAGUAUCCACACCUGUUUGCUCGCUCGCUCUCGCUCUCUCUCUCUCUGUCUCUCUCUCUCUCUCUGUGUCUCUCUCGAACGGAGUGUGUGUUUGUCCAGCUGCGCUCUGAGCGUUCAGGGCGACAGCACGGUCACCAAGGUGACUCCUGCCAUCUGUCCCCCCGUGUGUGUGGGCGGCGGCCUUCGGUCAAGUGCAUAUGGUCACUAAUCUACAGCACACACUCAACCAGACCGUGUGGCACACACCUUAUGGUGCCCUCUGAAACUGGGUCAUGGACCAGCUGCGUGUGUGCGCUGAAAGGUAAGUGUGUAUGGAAAGGACGCACACUCACACCAUGAUAUAGAUGCGGAGGUGUCAGUCUUGCUUUUUCAGAUGAUACGAUAUAAAAACGAUUCAGUUAAACAAGUAACGAUUCAACACGUUUCAACUCGCCACCUAUACGAUUUGAUUCAACAUCGAUGCGUUUUGAUUCAGCGCUGAUGCGAUUCGAUUCAGCACCGAUUACCAUUUGAUUCAGCAUGGUUAGAUUCAACACUAUGAUUCGAUUCAGCACUGAUGAGAUUCGAUUCAACAUUGACGCUAUUCGAUUCAACGCUGACCAGAUUCAGUUCGGCAACUAUUUGAAUGGACACCAAUAUGAUUCUAUUUAGCACUGAUUAAAUUUGAUUAAGUGAUUUGGUUUAACACCAAUAUGACUCGAUUCAGCAUCAAUAUGGUUCUAUUCAGCACAGAUACCGUUCGAUUCGGCACGGAUGAUCCAAUUUGAUUAAGCAAGGAUACGGUUUGAUUCGACACCGGUAAGAUUCAAUUGAUCGCUCAUUUGAUUCAACAACUGUACAAUUUUCUUUAGCAUUGAAACAAUUCUUUUUUUUAUUAUUUGAUACGACUCGAUUGAGCAUUGACCCGAUUAGAUUCAGCGUCGAUACGAUUUGAUUCAACACCAGACGAUUCGAUUCAGCGCUAAAAUGACUUGAUUCAGACCCCAUAUGACUUCGAUUUAACAUUGAUCCAACUUGUAAUGAUUUGAUUUAAGCAUCGAUUCGAUUCAGCUCAGCAUAUGAUUCGGGUCUGGCUCAAUCCACUAUGAAUCAGUAUCAGUUUGUAACAUUUUUUGAUUCUAAUCGAAUCUUCGCUGACACUGGUACGAGUGUAUGAGGCACGGCGGGAGAUAGGAUACAGGACAGGUAACAAAUUAGCAACCAUCCGUAAAUAUAAAUUUAUGACGUGAACUAUUAGUGGAGGAGUCUCUCUGUGAUUCCUGGUCUUUUUCAACCUGGAAAAACCUCACUUGUUUUGUUGUAGUACUCUUCGUCUGUUGAAUACGUUCCUCUUGGGGUUUUUCUUGCUUUCUGAAUAUCGGUAUCUCCUAACUAGAGGAAUGUCUUCAAAUACACUUGGGCUUGAGUCGAUUUUAUUAAGUCUGAGGACGCGUGCUGUGGUAGAAGGUAAAUAAAGUCCAGAAACUUUUGGUAAAUAAAAGAACGUGAGCGUUUGAGUCUGUAAUUGUGUACAACCAGUGACUGCAUGUGGUGUUUGAGAAAUGGUGGCGUUUUUUUUCCUUUUUUUUUUCUUCCCCUCAGUGUCACGUCUUGAAAAUGGCGUGAAUCCAAAAUGCCAGGUAAAGCCCUCUCGAGCCCCAGAAGGAGAAUAGGCAACUAUCGGUUGUGAUGGACUCUUAAUUGAUUUCAGCUGUCUCUACGUGUUUGUAUUGAGUGCGGACGAGGACGCGAUAAGUUGGUAAUUGAUUCAUUUUUUUUCUUUUUGGUUUUCCGAGCCGCGUGAUGUAUUCGUAAACAGCCCAUUAGCAUGGAUGUAAUGGUAAUGACAGAGGUUAGGCUGAUUAGCGUAAUUAACACUGAGCAGGGUAAACAAAGACUCGCUGUGUGUUUUAAUAAAAAGGUAGAGUGGCAGGAGUGCACUUGCGUGAGGUGUGGAGUGAAUUAAUCAGCGGAAAGGUUUCUGAGACGAUGGGAUUGGGGGAUGGGAUGGGCGUGAUUGUAGCUUGGGUUGGUGGAUUUAUAUUGUGAAAACAUCAGUGAUUUGUUCCUAAGUCGUUAGUCUGACAAUAACAGUUAUGCUUCAUCGGUCAGACACUCUUGAGCAUUCGUUUCUCUACAGUAUAAAUGUGUUUUCUGAGAUGAAAACACCCCAAAAGGCUCGAGUGUGAUGGCACAGUCCGUUAAUGGAACGCACGCGCGCGCACACGCACGCACGGACACGUGGGGUUGGUGAUGAGGGUUACACUCUCUCAGUUCUGCUUUACACACGCGCUGUUAAAUACGCGUGUCGAACACGGAUUAGAGCGAACGCUCGUUUACACCGCGCGCUUUGCUUUGAAGCGAGCUGCUUGUCAUUCAAUUCAUUAAUGUGAUGUUCCUGCUUGUAUAAAGCAUGAAGGCCGGAUUUUAGCAAUUAGUGCUGCGUGAUAUUGACAAAAUCUUUUCAAGAGCUUUGAGAUUUAAAUCAUUUACAUUUGAAGUACACCUACCUCUAUUCCCCCCCCCCCCCCCAUGUGUUCUAUUUCCAUCCACUUACCCCCAGUGCGCUCUAUUCCCAACCACUUACCCCCAGUGCGCUCCAUUCCCAACCAUUUACCCCCAGUGCGCUCUAUUCCCAACCACUUACCCCCAGUGCGCUCUAUUCCCAACCACUUACCCCCAGUGCGCUCUAUUCCCAACCACUUACCUGCAAAACUUACCUGGGGGG